GUUCCUGAAGAAGACGGAUAUGGACAAUACGAUUCAGCGUAAGGGGAAAGAUUUAAUAAUUGUGUAAUAUCUAACCGCGAGGCACUGCGAGCUCGUGAACGAUGGCUGAGAACGAUUUCGCGGAUGCAACGGAUCUAGAGGAGACCUUCAACAGAGCCGCCAAAUACCUACAAACAUUAGUAUCGGAACUGGACUCGGGUCAGCUACUCGCAUUUUACGGUCUGUACAAACAGGCGACUGUGGGCCCGUGCGACGUUCCGCGACCUAAUUGGUAUCAGGUGCAAGCGAAGCACAAGUGGGAGGCAUGGAAGAAUCUCGGGGACAUGAGCCGCGAGACCGCGAUGGCCGACUACAUCCACGCCAUCGCGAAAAUCAAUUCGUCAUGGGAGGAAGAAGCGAAAGCCGACACCCCAGCGUGGAUUUCCGUUAGCAAACUGUCGAUCACGGAUGCGGAAUUGAGGGACGUGGACAAGACAUUCUUAGAUUGGGUGAAAGAAGGCAACGACGCGAAGGUGCGGGAGAUGUUAAGCGGGAAACCCACGCUCGUGAGCACGCCGGACUAUGACGGUUUGUUACCUAUGCAUUGGGCCGCGGAUCGAAAUCACGUUAGAGUCAUGGAACAAUUGAUCGCAAACGGUGCGAAUGUGAAUUCGCAAGAUGAGGAUGGACAAACGCCCCUUCAUUACGCGGCAGGUUGCGGUCACGCGGAGGCGGUGAAAUAUUUACUUUCAAUCGGAGCUCAAUACAUAACUGAUAACGAUGGGAAGACGCCCAAAGACGUUGCCGACGAGCAGGUCGCAGCUCUUUUAUAACACUGUACUAUGUGCACACAUUUGUUGUAGUCCUAAUUUUAUAUGCCUUGACCUUUUUAACAAAUAAAUAUUAUAAUUUUGUCAAAGUUACAAUAUAUGGUAAAUAAUAAAAGAAUUUUUAUCUCAAUAGGAAUUUAUGGUUAAUAAAAUAAUUAUUACAGUGCUCUGUUCUCUUUGUUCUGUUAUGUAUAACGAUUGUUAUCCUGCAUACAUUAAUAAAUUCGUGGACUGGUAAUUCCAUAUGAAAAUCA